AUGGCUGUAUUGCAAUUAACUUCUUCGAUACUCCAUGAGAUAUUUCUCUUGGGGUUUGUCAGCUUACUCUUAGUAUACGUUUGGUUCAAAUAUAGGUUUACGUACUGGGCCAGAAAAGGCGUACAAGGUCCUAAGCCGGAGUUCCCGUUCGGAAAUGUAAGACAAGUUAUCCAGCGAAAGCAACAAUUCUUCCAGCCAUUCUGUGACACUUAUUAUCAAUUUAAAAAGUUGCCGUAUGUCGGAGUUUAUUCCUUCCACACACCAGUACUAUGUAUUAACGAUCCGGAUCUAGCAAAGCACAUUAUAAUAAAAGAUUUUGACCAUUUCCAAUCGCAUGGGAUAUUCUCAAGUGCAAGUGUUGGCGAGCCUCUAGGGGGACAUCUUUUCAAUAUAGCUGGACCAAAAUGGAGAACAAUUCGUACGAAAAUUUCACCAGCUUUCACGCCGGUAAAACUUAAGUCGUUUUUCCCCUUAGUGGAGAAAAUAGCAUCCCAAGCGGUCGAAUAUGGUGACGCACACUAUGCUGAAGGGAAACCUGUUGACUUCUCAGAGUUUUAUGCAAAAUACGCUAUGGAAAUCGUUGGUAGUGUAGGGUUUGGUGUUGAAAAUGAUGGGUUGAAGAAGGAAACCGAGUUCUAUCAGCGAGGAAACGAAUAUUUUGUACCAAAAACUAUAUAUUGGACAGUAAUUAGGGCCAUAUCAUUUUUCGCUCCCGAUAUUUUCAAAAAAAUGGGAGUGAACCGAACAAAUCCCGCCAUUAAUAACUUCUUUUACAAUCUCGUCAAAGACACUGUUAGUUUUCGAGAGAAAAACAACUAUUAUAGAAACGACUUCCUGCAAACGCUUAUAGAAUUACAGAAAAGUGAAAGCGAAAAACAAGUUGGCAAUGGAUCAAACCAAUUUACGUUUACUGACGUAGCAGCAAACACUAUGCUCUACAUGUUCGCUGGCUACGAGACAUCUGCUACUACGGGAAUGUUCGCUGCCUACGAAAUGGCGCGUAACCCUCAUGUACAGGACAAAGUCAGGCAGGAAGUACAAACGGUCCUCGCAAAAUACGACGGACAAUUCACUUACGAAGCCCAAAACGAAAUGACCUAUACGAAUAUGGUGCUAGAUGAAACAAUGCGUAUACAUCCACCACUACGUGCAUUAUUCCGGAGAUGCAACAAAGACUACAAACUCCCUGACUCUGACUUAGUAAUUGAAAAUGGUACCUUGGUAUUCGUACCAAUUCAGUCAAUACAAAUGGACCCAGAUAUUUUUGAAGAUCCAGAAAGAUUCGACCCGGAGCGAUUCGCGCCUGAGAAGAAAGCUAAAAUGCAUCCUUGCAUUUGGAUGCCAUUUGGCGAAGGUCCACGGAAAUGUCUAGGUUUACGUCAAGGGUAUAUUCAGUCGAAGAUGGCUCUGGUGAAAUUAUUAACAAAAUAUGAAUUCACUUUACAUGAGAAAACCAUUGAGCCACUUCAAAUUAAGCCAACAUCAUUGGCUUGUGCUGCAGAGGGAGGUAUAUGGAUAAACUUAAAGCCUCUAGAAAACGCGUGCUAG